AUCCCUGACCAUCUGGAUCCCGAUGCAAAUGGUGAUGGCAUUCCCGACUGCCAGCGCAAUGACUCGGUCAAAUACCACGUGAUCCGAUCCUUCGGUGGUUCAAUCAAGAAGGUCAUCAAAGUUCGACAGUUGACCCGUGAAGAGGAUGCACUCCUUCGACUUAAGGAGGCCGUUGACCACCGGUUGCACAGAAUUCGGGCGCUAAUGGAACCAGAUCUCACUGUGCCUGAAAAGAUGCCCAGCGAAGCCGCUCCAGUGCCGUCUAAACCCCGAACUUCUUCAAAUGUGGCUAUUCCAAAAUCACCGAAGGUCACGACCGGCUUAAAGGCGGCUGCAGAGGGAAAAGGAAAGGGAAAACCGGUACCUCCGGCAGCGCCAGUCAUUAAGGCUCCUGCAAAGUUUGUUAAGGCACCGAAAGUCCCACAAGCCCAGAUGGGGAAGCGAAAACUUCAGGGAAUAUUGACGCCCGGUUUUCAGGAAGUAGACAACACUGAACACCAUUAUCCCCACCACGAUAAUGAUGAUGAACUGGAAGCUGAUGAGGACGAUCUCUCGCAAGCCAGUCUUAAACAUCGCGAGGAGGUAGAGAAGGAGGAGGACCAGGAGCAAGACGAGGAACACAAUGCGCACGAGGACGAAGAUGAGGACUCGAAAGUACAUGACAACCACAACUCACAUGUUGUCGUUAUGCAUCGGAGACCCAGUCAUCAUCAAGAGGUACAUUAA